UCUCUGUUUGUGUGUUUAUUGCCUCUAGAAGAUUCCAUGGGUGUGAUGGUCAGAGGAAAGAUGGCUGCUGGCUGGGUAGGUGGACAGAUGGGAGAGCGAAACCAUUUCUCCUGGAAACUCCUAUGUGUCCUGUAGCUCAAGUGGGUCGUGUUGUGUCAUGACAGGAAAGGGGUUCUAGUAGGUAGCCCACUGCUGGAGGCUGCCCUGUUCAGCUUUGGACAGCCCCUCACCCCCGCAAGAAUGGCCCAGCACCAACGUCUAUGGAGCCGAGGCUGAGAAGCCCUUCCGUGUAAACACAUAAACAGUGCUCUUUGCACGAAAGGAAAUAAGCCACGGGGGUAGAGCUGGAGGUGGGGGCCCUUCUCCCGAGCCCUGAGCAGUUUUGGAAGAGCCCUCCAGAUCCCCAGGGUGGUUAUGCAGAGGCCUGAAUCUUGGAACUUUCUGGAAGCCUUGAUGGCUGAAGUGUGGCGAGAGGAGGGCUUUGAGCAAGGCGGGCGCUCAAGGAGGACCCGAGCCUGUGGGCCAGGUGCAUCACCUCCUCAUGGCCACGGCCUGCCAGGACGCCAACUCUGGCGCUCUCCUCCAGGAACUCUGCCUCACCCAGUUCCAGGUGGACAUGGAGGCCAUCGGGAAGACGCUGUGGUGCGACUGGGGCGAGACCGUCAAGAGCUACAAAGUGCUCACUGACUGCACCAGGCACGUGGCGGACCAGCUGGGCUGCUUCUGGCCGAAUGCGGCAGUGGACAAGUUCUUUGUGGCCAUCCACCGGCACUACUUCAGGAACUGCCCCGUCUCCGGCAGGGCUGUGCGGGACCCGCCCCGAAGCAUCCUCUGCCCCUUCAUCGCGGUGCCCAUCCUGGUGACCCUGCUUGUGACGGCGCUGGUGGUCUGGAGGAGCAAGCGUCCGGAGGGCGUCGUGUAGGCCUGCAGUCUUGGGGGGGGGGGGGGGCGACUGGCCAGAGCUUCGGGCGCCCUGAUGGCAGAGUAGGCCCCAGAUCCCUUGUUUUGUCCCCCGGGAAGAGCUAACAGGAUUUCGGAAUGGCCGUGGCGCAGACGUUAACCUGAAAGCCCCCUGGCUGGAGUUCGAAGCGACCCAGGUGGGGACCCCAGAUGCUAGGAGGGAGCGGGAGCCUAAUUGUCAUGAUUUCCGGGGAGGGUUCCAACC